GCCCACUGCUGCGUAGAGAUGGGGCUGGACAUGAUUGAGGCGAUAUCGCUGGUGAGGGAAGUGACCGGGGUGAACGUCAAUAUGCGUGUCGGGAUUCACAGCGGCCGUGUGUGCACUGCGGCGUCCUGGGGCUGCGCAAGUGGCAGUUCGAUGUGUGGUCUAAUGACGUCACUCUGGCCAAUCACAUGGAGGCUGGAGGCAAAGCGGGGCGUAUCCACAUCACGAAGGCGACUCUGAACUACCUGAAUGGGGAUUACGAGGUGGAGCCGGGAACGGGGGAGGAGCGAAACGCGUAUCUGAAGAAGCACAACAUUGAAACGUUCCUCAUCGUUCGCUGCACCCAGAGGCGGAAAGAAGAGAAGGCCAUGAUGGCCAGGAUGAACCGGCAGAGGGCCAACUCCAUCGGGCACAACCCGGCACAUUGGGGGAUGGAGAGGAAUUUCUACAACCAUCUCGGCGCCAACCAAGUCUCCAAGGAAAUGAAGAGGAUGGGCUUUGAAGACCCGAAGGACAAGAACAUUCAGGAGAACAUGAACCCUGAGGACGAAGUAGACGAGUUUUUUGGGCCGGGCGAUAGACGCACGAAGCAUCGACCGUCUGCGCUCAGAACACGUGCGCAAAAUUCUGCUGACCUUCCGCGAACCCGACCUGGAGAAGAAGUACUCCAAGCAAGUGGACGACCGAUUCGGGGCCUAUGUGGCCUGCGCAUUCAUCGUCUUCCUCUUCAUCUGUUUUGUACAGAUCACCAUCGUACCGCACUCCUCCUUCAUGUUGGGGUUCUAUUUGGCGUGUUUCCUCGUCCUCUUCGUGGUGCUCAGUGUCUCCGUCAUCUACUCCUGUAUAAAGCUCUUUCCAGCUCCUCUUCAGACUUUGUCUAAGAAAAUCGUCCAAUCCAGGAUCAACAGCAGCGCAGUGGGCGUGGUCAUCAUCAUCCUUGUCUUCCUCUCCUCUUUCGUUAACAUGUUCAUGUGCAGCAAGAAGACCCUGAAGGACUGCCUGGCCGCCGAGUACAACGUCACCCCGGCCAACGUCACCCCCUGCUGGGUCAGGACCUCCGCCCACAAUUACAGCCUGGCCACUGACAGCGGAUUCUGCGGAGACUCCACCCCAAACUGCAACUUCCCGGAGUACUUCACCUGCUGCAUCUUGCUCAGCCUCCUCGCCUGCUCCGUCUUUCUUCAGAUCAGCAGCAUCGGGAAACUGGUUCUGAUGUUCGUCAUCGACUUUGUCUACGUGAUUGUUGUGGAGGUCCCGCAGGUGGCGCUGUUUGACAACGCAGACCUGCUGGUGGCAGCCAAUCAGAUUGGGUCCAGCAACUCAACAGAACCCUGCACCAUUGACAGAGUCGCGCUGAAGAUCGCCACGCCGAUCAUAAUCACGGUGUUCGUCCUGGCGCUGUAUCUGCACGCUCAGCAGGUGGAGUCCACGGCCCGGCUGGACUUCCUAUGGAAGCUUCAGGCCACGGAGGAGAAGGAGGAGAUGGAGGAGCUCCAGGCCUACAACCGGCGUCUCCUCCAUAAUAUUCUUCCCAAGGAUGUGGCCGCCCACUUUCUGGCGCGGGAGAGGCGCAACGAUGAGCUCUAUUACCAGUCGUGUGAGUGCGUGGCGGUCAUGUUCGCCUCCAUUAGCAACUUCUCCGAGUUCUACGUGGAACUGGAAGCCAACAACGAGGGGGGUGGAGUGUCUGCGGCUCCUCAACGAGAUCAUUGCCGACUUCGAUGAGAUCAUCAGCGAGGACGAGUUCCGCCAGCUGGAGAAGAUCAAGACGAUCGGCAGCACCUACAUGGCGGCUUCGGGACUCAACGAUACGACUUACGACAAGGCGGGGAAAACGCACAUCAAGGCGCUGGCCGAUUAUGCAAUGAGGCUGAUGGAUCAGAUGAAAUACAUCAACGAACAUUCGUUCAACAACUUCAAGAUGAAGAUCGGGCUGAACAUCGGACCGGUGGUAGCCGGGGUGAUCGGGGCCAGAAAACCGCAGUAUGAUAUUUGGGGGAACACCGUGAAUGUGGCGAGUCGCAUGGACAGCACCGGGGUGCCGGAGAGGAUCCAGGUGACAGCGGACCUUCAGCAGGUCCUAGCAGCCAACAAUUACUCCCUGGAAUGCCGAGGGGUGGUAAAAAAAGUGAAAGGAAAAGGAGAGAUGACCACCUACUUCCUAAAUCACGGCCCCUCCAGACUGAGUUAG